GCUGACUCGGACCCUCCUCAUCUUCUUCGACUUGGCUUGGAAGCUCCGCAUCAACUUCCCCUAUCUCUACAUCGUGGCCUCCAUGAUGCUCAACGUCAGGCUACAGGUACAUAUUGAGAUUCACUAAAUCGUGACUUAUGCUACAACUAAAAGGCAUUCCAUUAUUUACUACAGUUCAGUACAAUGCAGAGUUUGGAGGACAGACGGGUGAUGCAUAUCUCUUAUAUUAAUAUGGAACAGGAAGAUGAUGUAGGACACCAACACCUGCGUAAAAAUGCCCUGAAUGAGCAGAAUGAAAUUCUUCGUCUUCCAAAUAUCCAGUCGUUAGUGAACAACUCUCAAGUGGAUAAUAAUCAUUUGCAAAAGGAGUUCUUCUCUCUUAAGAUCAGGAACUGCACUCUGUUUAAAGCUGUCCCAUUGCCUCAUAUUGGCAAGAAAAGGCCACCACGCUUGAAUGAUGCGGCGAAUGGAGCUGCGUCUUCCAAGGAAUCGCUAGGUCCACUUUUUUCUCCUGAAAAAGAUAUAUUUGAAAAGCUCUUUAAACACUUUGAUAGCACUGCAGUGACAGGCUGGCUGGAGAAGGCACGCAACUUCAUUAGUGACAUGGGCACGUGGAGUUGUUGCGGAGAUAACUUUGUACGCUUUGCACAUUUCUGGCUGUCUGAACUCCAGUACAACCACAAAGAGCAACUGUUAGAACUGGAAAUGGGAGUUAUUGAGGAUGAAGUACGCCUUGCUUUUGAGGGGACAGGCUCCAAGGAGUUCCAGCCAUCGGAUUUGAAUUCCAUUCUUGCAGCUGCGCUGAGUGAAUAUCCCAUCGGACUUGUGAACGACCAGAACCCAUAUGUUUUUCUUGACUAUUUAAACCUUAUGUCUUCAGCGGACACAUCUGAAUAUAAGGAAAUGCUUUCAGCUAUACAGUACACAACCAAGAACCCUCAGAUAGCUCAGUGGUUGCUAGCUAUACGAGCAUUUGCACUUGCAAAUCUCUGGCAUGCAAUAGUGAAGUUCUAUAAGGCAUUGGUCAAAACCCAGCUCUCUUCUGAACAACCUAUCAAGAGUUCUGUUUCUGCUACUAGAAAGCACUCCAGCGAAGUGGUUAAAGAAAGAGCUUUACAGACAGUUCAGUUGGGAUAUGCAGAUGUCUUGGAUUACCUUGUUAGAAGUCAGAAGCUUGAUCUCAGUGUUGCUGAUGAAAAGAACAGAAAUCUAAUAUUUUUAGCCACUAUAUAUGAUCAGUCAAAGAUCUUGGAUUAUUUCCUUGAAAUGCUGGCCCUUAGCUCUGCUUCGGUGGGUGAGCAGUAUUUCCUGCUAAUUUUCCAGGCUCUUCCUGUGCCCAACAUAAACCAAGUAGCAGAAAAUGGAAACACAGCACUUCAUGCCGCAGUAAACACUGGAAAAAUGCAUCUCGUGUCUUCGCUCUUGCAUUACCCUGGAAUUAAUGUGAAUGUCCCAAAUCCACAGUGCGAUGGGGCGACUGCGUUACAUCUUGCUAUUGCUUACGGGCACCUGGGAAUUUGCUAUUUGUUGCUGAAUGCCACCGCUGAUGUAGAAAGUCCCAUGGGAGGGUUGACACCUUUGCAACUUGCCGAGAUGUUUGGGAAUGAAACUAUAAUCGCCCUUAUAAAAAUGCACGUAAAGAAAUUUAAACUUGAAAAUAAAAUGUUUGCCUGAUCAUCUUGUUGAACAACAUCCCGUAGAAUUUUUGAAUAAAUACCACCUAUUUUAAUUUUUCUAUUAAAGCUUUCCCCCCGCACAAA